GUCAGUCAGUCCAGAGAUGCUCUGAGCACAAGACUGCGGCAUCUUUCACUGAACGGUUCUCCGGCAUAUAGCAUCUCUUUAUUGAUAUUUCAUCCAUCCUCUGCAUUAACCCCCCAUCUAAAACCCUUUCUCUUCAACCCAAUAAGUAUCUUGAUGCGAGAACCGAAGACCGGCUAGAGAAUACUUUUUUGAUUUUUCUCAUCAAUUUCUUUUCAUUUCCCAGGGUUCUUUGUUUUCCUCACAUCUGACAUAUUGCCUUUUUUGUUUUCCAUUUUUGUAGCAUUUCUUUCUACGAGAAGACCGUGAACGUUCACAGAGCUUGAAACGGAUACGUGAGAUAAAAUUACCAAGAAAAACUACAGAACGUAACGACAUAGGUAUUAUUAAUAUUAUCAUCAUCAUUAUUAUUAUUAUUAGUUCUACUUGGAACUGCACAUUAACUGAGUGGAGAGCAAGAGGGAAGGCAUUCGUUGGAUUUUUUUAAUACAGACGUGACGUUUUUUUUUUCCUACCCAGCAUCAAGCUUUCCUUGAAUAAGGCAUCAACAAACACACAACGUAUAAUUCUGCUGUUUGGCAAGAGGGGAUAAAGCGUGCGAAGCCCUUCAUUGAACACAACGUCAACUUCGAAUUGCUACGCCAUUCUAAUUGUUUAACAGUUUGCUUUUUCGCGUUCGCCUUCGAAUCACUUCAACGAAUAACCCAGUUUGAUUGAAGAUAUUAUGAAAAUGAUGGCAGGUGGGGCAGUUCAACAGAACGGGAUUUUCUCGAAUCCUCACCAUCACAAUCAACAGCCGCACAUGGAGUCCGAUCCCCCAGAUUCGCGCAAAAGACCGCUGGAGACCCCGACAGAAGCCAGCAGCACAAAACGCACAAACACCGGAGAGGAAGGCGAGUACUUCUUGAAAGUGUUGAUCCCAAGCUACGCGGCAGGCUCCAUCAUUGGCAAAGGGGGUCAGACCAUUGUCCAGCUGCAGAAAGAGACAGGGGCCACUAUCAAACUGUCCAAAUCCAAAGAUUUCUACCCAGGAACAACAGAGCGAGUGUGUCUUAUUCAAGGGACAGUAGAGGCGCUGAAUGGAGUCCACAAUUUCAUUGCCGAGAAAGUGCGUGAGAUGCCCCAAAGUGCCCAGAAAACAGAGCCAGUGGGCAUUUUGCAGCCCCAAACCACUGUCAACCCAGACCGCAUCAAACAAGCCAAGCUGAUUGUGCCCAACAGCACUGCGGGGCUCAUCAUCGGAAAGGGAGGGGCUACGGUUAAAGCCGUGAUGGAGCAAUCAGGCGCCUGGGUCCAGCUCUCCCAAAAACCAGAGGGCAUCAACCUGCAGGAACGUGUGGUGACUAUCAGUGGGGAGCCAGAGCAGAAUCGCAAAGCAGUGGAAAUCAUUGUGCAAAAGAUUCAAGAGGACCCCCAAAGCAGCAGCUGUCUCAACAUUAGCUACUCUAAUAUUUCUGGCCCGGUUGCCAACUCCAAUCCUACCGGUUCACCAUAUGCCAACUCGGCGGAGGUAAUGCCCGCGGCCGCAGCAGCCGCGGCUGCUACUGCCUCGAGCCUUCUUGGCCAAGCCAGCUUGGCUGGUGUUGGACCCUUUCCCACCACCAUGUCCAGCUUCUCAGGUAAUGACCUCCUGGCCAUUACAUCUGCUCUUAAUACAUUGGCCAGUUAUGGAUAUAACACCAACUCUUUGGGCCUGGGGCUCAACCCGGCCGCUGCUUCUGGGGUCUUAGCUGCCGUGGCGGCUAGUGCUAAUCCUGCUGCAGCUGCCGCCGCUAACCUCUUGGCCUCCUAUGCUAGUGAUGCCUCUACCAGUGCCGGCCACCCCGCCACCACCUUGGGUGGCUUUACGCUAGGAUCCCUUGCGGCUGCCACGGGGGCCACCAAUGGGUAUCUGAGUGCCGCCUCGCCGCUGGUCGCUAGCUCCCUCCUGGCUACCGAGAAGCUAGCUGAAGGAGCUAAGGACGUGGUGGAAAUUGCCGUCCCUGAGAACCUGGUUGGUGCCAUCCUGGGUAAGGGUGGGAAGACACUUGUGGAGUACCAGGAGCUAACAGGAGCCCGAAUCCAAAUUUCCAAAAAGGGCGAGUUCAUCCCCGGCACCCGGAACCGUAAAGUCACUAUCACUGGCUCACCUGCUGCCACACAGGCCGCUCAGUAUCUCAUCAGCCAGCGGAUCACAUACGAGCAGGGCGUGCGAGCCACUAAUCCACAGAAGGUGGGCUAAAGGGAGAGUGGAGGAAAAGCAGUAAGGUGGGCCCAGGGGGGUUAGGGUAAAGAAAGAGGAAGGAAAUCAAGAAAGCAGAAAGGAACCAUUUUUUCCAGUAUUUAAACAAAGGAUAAGGCAAAACAAACCUACCUACAAGAAGGAUAUAACUGUCCAAGAAAAACCAAGAAAAUGUGUAAAAUGUAAAUAUGAUUUUAUUACUCAAAUCCUGAUCUUUGGGAUAUUUUUUUAGUUGUUUUUUUUCUUCCACUGGAUGACGGGAAAACUAUCAUCACUCAAUUCAAACACGCACCAUCACUUUCGUAGCUCACGGGUUUUUUUUUUCCAAUUUUGCCUUUAGGCUUAGUCCUCCCCUCCCAUGUCCCCGCCCUCUUUGAGGGUUUUGAGCCUGCAGACAAAUGCCUGAGAUCUAAGGGGCAAUCCCACUAGUCAGUGAUCACCCUCGUGCAUCUCGCCCACCUGCCCUCAGCUUACGAAGAAGGAGGUGCGAUGUAGAAAUGCUAAUGGCUCAGACGAAAAGUCCUUUUAGCUACGUCUUCAGGAUUCUGAUUUAAAUAGGCAUAUCCAGCUCUUAUUGUUUGCAUAACAAAAAUCUGAUUCAUUGAAGACACUACGACAUGCACACACACACACACACACGUUUCUAGUGGAUUCGGAAUCCUGCCUCUAGUACUAGAGCACGUAGAUUUUCGUGGCAUUUUCUCAACAGGGUCCGAAUUCUGGUUUUACUACUAUUUUUGCUAUCAUAAUUAUUAUUGUCAUUUCCAUCAUCAUUAUUUAUUAAUAUAAUUUCAUUCAUUAAGAUUGUGGUAUUUUAAUUUUUUAAUCUGAGAAAUCAGGUUGACAUGAAUGUAAAUGCUAUAUUUUUAAUUUAGUUUCUUUUUUAAUUAUUUAAGUGGAUUUAAUAGUCUGUUAAACAGUGUAAUAUAUGUCUAAUUUAAAACCCAGUGGGAAGUGCAUUUUCAGCACCAUCAGUUAAUGAAGGAUCAAAGUGUUAGAUCAGAUAUCCAGUUUGAAAUGACUUGUAUUCAGCAACAGGCAUGCAUACACACAACACACAAACUGAGUUGUUUAAGUUUAAAAUUCUGUUUCGGUGCUAUGAUGACAAAUCAAACAUAUCUACGCUUAAACCUGAAAUGAAACCACUUUGGAUUCUCCGUACUCCCCAUUUUAUCUGUAAACUGAAAGUUUGUAAGACAGGUUGAAGGAGAUCAAAUGAACUUUAGUUCUAACUCAAACUUUAGUGCUGCCUUCAUAUACCUGAGCACAUGGAGUGCACAAUACUGGUGUUACAAACCCUUAAAUUAUCCUGAAAUUAUAUACCCCACUUCCAGUUUAUCUAAAUUCAAUUACCUCUGAGCUUAAUUGCUCUUUGCCCAAACUACAUUCAAGAUACAGUAUGAAUGCAGCCCUACUGUGUGUGACAGCAAAAGGCACUGAAAGCUAGAGGGCGUGGCACUUAGCACACUAGAGCUGUUUUUCCCAAUCUGGUCCUUGGGGACCUGCAGACACUCCAUGUUUUUGCUUCCUCCGAGCUUUGCAUAAAGAGGGAGCAAAAACAUGGUCUGACUGUGGGUCCCUGAGGACCGGGAUGGAAAACACUGUACUAGAGGUAUUAUGGUAGUUACUUCUUGUGAGAACUUCGCCUUUUCUUGAAGUAUAGAAGGGUCCAUGCAACUUGCCAGUUCCUAUAUACCAAUAUUUAUGCAUUAUAUUGAUUAAACUAAUUAGGUCUUAAAUUAACAUGCAACAAUUACCUGUAAUUCAUUCAGAUGUCAGUUCAAAAAAGCCGUCAAUGUAUAUAUAUAUUUUUUUUUACUCUGGCAAAUGGCAAGGACCCGCCUAUAAGUUUAUCUUUGCAAAUAAGUACUGCCCUGCUAAGCGUUUGCUGCUAAAGAUGUUUUCACAAUCAAAGUACACUGAAUUUCUUCUUAAUGCACUGUGAAGUAUGGGUGCCAUUCUUUGGAGCCAGGAGAUGAGGGUUAUAUGCUGUAGGAUAUUGUUCAUAGCUUAUCUGUGUAUACGUUCAUCCAGGGAAUGGAAAUUUAGUCAUGAUUUAAUGGGAAAACAUAUCUGAAAAGCUUCACUGUGUAGUAAAUCUGUAGCUCUCUAUUCUUAUACCAAGUUGAAACAGUGAGAAAAAUUCCAUAAAGCGCUUUGCUCUGAUAUAUGUGCUACUACAUUAGUAUUCCAUUAAGUUUUCUUUAACGUGAGCUAAAAGCCAAGAAAAAAGGGCAUUAGCAUGAAAUGUUGAUUUCACUCUUUCACCCUACCUUCAAAAUUUAAUCCGAUCCGGUAUUUUAUUGACCUUCUUUAAAGUUUCAAGAGUUUCAUUUGGAGCUUCAAAUCAUAAUCUUAGAAUUAAGCACAGAAAUCAAGAAAUACUCAACAAAUUAGCAACUAUGGAAGACUAAAUGGAAGAGAUGGAGCCAGAGAGGCUGUAAAAUAGACAGAACUCUACUUCUGCUCUUACUGUAUGAACGAAAACAUUGACGGGAACAACAUAUCGUCCUGGUGUGAAUUUCCUCUAAAACUAUUGACACUUUUUUGUAAAUUCACAUUAUAUAUGAAGCAUUAGCUUGUUUGAGGCUUUAUUUAUUGGCCUAAGGGCUAAGAUGUAACAUUAUAUCGUCGAUUCGAUAGAUAAAAAUAUCAUUAAUUAAAACAGCAUUUUAAAAUCGUAGACUCAUAUUUAAAUUGCCAAUAAUAAUAACAUAUUUCAACAGCUUGGUAAGGAGGCUUCUCCACUGCAAUCCAGAGCCAUCCACGUCCCUCAACCCCGCAUCUUAACACACUGCAUUUUUACAUGUCAGUCAAACGACAUCCCUCCAGUUGCUCCUCACAUCUCUUCAUGAACAGACUUUGCUGAUGUUGAAGUGCAUGUUGCUUGCCCCCAUAAGGCCAAAGCUUUACUGUGCCGUAGGUGCCAGUGUAGAAGGUACACAGAACCUGGACAGCUCCUUUCCCAAACUUAACUGUUAUGAAAACAAUUUGCUGGUAAUAUCCAGUGGUAUAGUAGGUGUGACCAAGGUAGCUUCCUGCGGUGAUUCUUAAAUGUAACUGUACUCCAGGCCUGGUUAAGUGCAUUUCACAUGUUAAGAUGAUCGAAAGCUUGAUAAAUAAGUAUAAAUCAGACCACAAACUAUUGACACUUUCAUUUAUCAUAUAAACUCCGAUCAGCUUAGUGGACCUGCAUUAGUGCCUGGAUUCUAAAGAAAAUAUAGAAACCUAAUUUGGGUUAAAAAGAUAAUAUAUGGGAGAGUUUUUUGACAACCACAUGAAAUUUGUCACUAUACUCUGUCCUACUGAAAGUCAAACCAUGUGGAAUUACAAGUAUGAGUGAAUAGGCUGUUGGUUUAACCGGUUUGUUAACCUGACUGCUCAGAUAUGCUGCGAAGUAAUUUCUAGUAAACAUCAGAAAGUACUCUACUCAUCCUUAAAAGCCAAUAUCUUCCAUUGGAAAUCUUGCCCAAACUCUGGGUUACAGAUUUUUUUAAAAUAUGCAUUGAGGUCGUUACAUAUGUUGCACUAAUAUUCUACACAUCAAAACGUUUGGAUAUUUUGCAGUCACACUAUCUUUUCUGGAAUCAGGGGAAGUCAUAACUUUUAAUAGAAUACAGUAGACCAGUCAAUAAAUGUCUGAGGUGGUUUUUGAGAGAAUAAUGCAAAUGUCAUUAUUCUUUACAACGUUCAUCCCAGAAUUAGAGGAAGUAAUGCUGCUUGUGUUCUUAACAUAGUUUAAAUGGGAAACUGAGGUUCGGUUACCCAAGCUAAACAUACUUUUUAUCUGACAUAAUUUAGCUCCUUUUUUAACUAAGCCCACAAAACGCAUCGAGUAUUUACAUUUUCAAGCAGGCAUAGGUAAAGGAGGGGAAACGCGUUAUGAAAAGAAAACUGUAUAUAGACUUAACUACAACUGUGACAACUUAAUGUGAACAAUAUGAAAUAGGAAACUUGGAGAAGAUGCCAGCAAAGCUAGUGAACUAAUAGCAUCCUUGUUAUGUCAUAAUAGAGGUAACCCUUGAUAAAGGGGCAAAAGAUUUUUUUUUAUUUUGUAAUUUAGGUAGAAAUACAAAAAUGUGAGUACUGGAAGCAAUAUACGUAGCAUGUUGUUCUGUCUUGUCUUUUUACUCUGUCUGUUGUAGGAGCUAUUUGGAUUUACCUAGAUGUUGAAUAGGUUUACAUACGUACUAUUUCCUAAGUUGUGAAACUGCUGCUAUUUAAUUUGUGACGUGUACUAAAACUCAAAAUAAACACCUGGUUCGUCAGCAGGAUGUUGAAGUUGCAAGAGACUAAAAUAAUGUGUAAUAAAUACUGAUUACUAAUAAGAUAAUGUUAACAAAAUAUAAACUCGUGCCAACGUAGAUCUUCACAGCUUCUUAAAUGUAAAUGUGUGAUUUAAACAUUAGACAAAAUUAAGUUACUUUUAUAGAAACAACUAAAUAUGAAAAGUGCCAAACAAACCAUAUUUAUGAUUUAUAUAAAAGUAGUGUUGCAUUUAUAAAAAAAAUGAAAAAAAUUGAAAAAUAUAGCUUAAAAUUGACAAAAAAUAUAUGUUUUAGUGUCGUUUAGUUGAGAGAUUUCUUUCCCCUUAACUAACAUAAGAGCUAAAGAUUGCAAACUAAGGGAAUUAAUUAGCAAAAUGAAAGAUUCAAACUGUCUCCUUGAUUAGUUUUGGAUUCAGCUGUUGUUCAAAAAGGUUUAGUUGGAUCAGCAUAGCUAAGACUGAAUAAGUUAUUAGUUUUCUUUACACAGUCUUUUAAACUUAUAAAAAUGUAUUUUGUGAAGCUAGAUGUUAACCUUUUUGCACGUCAGUAUUGCAUGAUAUCGAAUAAUGCGUGGAAAAAAAAUCUAAGUAACAAAAAUAAUAAAAAUAGGAGGUAUGUGUUGCUCAUUUUAAAUACAUAUCUUUGCAUGUCAACAAAGAUAUAGCACUUUUAUUUGUUACAUUCUUAAAUUAUUAUUUUCUUAUACCAAGUUUGUCAGACACAUUCAACUAAACCGGAUUUUUUUUUUCUUACAAAGCUAUCACAAAAUGUAGGGUCUAGUUAUUUAAGCAUACUGAAAGUAGUGUUUAAAUCAUUCAAAUUUAAAUUUGAUCGUUCACUGGUUGCUUUGCUAUUUUAAAAUGUCGUGUGUGAUCUAAUUGCUGUUUUGUUUUGGUUCUCCUAUAGCUGUUUACUAAACUAAAGAUAAUGUGGGUUUGAAAGUAUACUUUUAAACCACUGAAACCCAGUUUUAAUUAAUGAAUGUAGUCAAUUUUACAUAAACUUGUAAAGAGUCAUGGUCAAAAGCAUGUUAUCGUUUUUGGAUAUGAUUUCAAGGCGUGUGUGUCGUGUUCUGUGUGAACAGCCAUAGAUUGACUCUGGCCCUGUUCACUUUCAGAGUGUGUUUCUUUACCAUUUCUAAUUCACCCUGAACAUGACCCUCUUUUACAUAAAUACGCACUUUAAAGUUCAGCAAGUCAUACCUUUAUCGUAAAUACCCCGUCUCCUGUUAGCGAAUUUUAAGAAGAGUUUUACAGCUGGUGCUCAGCUCGCUCAAUUUUCUCACUCCUUUUGGACCUUUGGUUAAUGCUGCAGAGGCAUGUAUGUGAUUUGUUUUUCCAUCUAAUAAUUUCUUUCUCAUUAUUCAUUCACAGACAUUUCAAAAUUCUGUUUAGCCGCUUCCUUUUUAGAAUGAUCAGCACUGCAUUCCAUUUGAACAAACCAUUUUAUUCCUGUAAUUAGUUUGUUGCUGUUUAUGUUAUGUAAGUAUUAUCAUGGUUCUGUAGUUCAGAUUUCUCAUGUAACUUGCUUCAGAGGUGAAAAGGGAUUGAGAAAUCAAGCCAUCUUUUAAAAAAACAAUGACAAUGCAUGAGUAUAUGUAAUUACAAAAUAUGGAAUAACAGAGUUUAUAAUUUGUAGUUAAGAAUUUGUUUUUCAAAGGAUUUACAUUUGUAAAUUUAAUUUUGCAAUGUGGUUUAUAUGAAAUAUAACAGCAACAGACUUGUCCUUUAGGGGGCUAUAUAUGAAAAAAGUGCCAAAUUAAUGAUUAAAAGAUCACAUUUCUACAUUUAAUGACGCUUAGGCAUAAGAAUUCAUAAAACUGCAUGACAGCACUUCAAUCAGUUUGCAGUCUAUUACCAGUAAUAAGUGAAAAUAAAGUAGGAAAAGCAGACAGCCGAAACAGAUGGGGAGGUGGGGUUUACGUAUUUUCCUUACAUUUUACGAUAGAUUGUUGUGUUUUCAUUUUUUAUUGGGUAUCAUCUGGUCUGCAUGCCUUUGAGAGGCAAGAUUCAUGCUGUUAUUGUAUAAAGAGGGGGCUGGACUUCGUAUUUGGAGUAAGAAAAAAACACAAACCAAAAGCUUACUUACCACUAAUGUAGCUAUUGGUUGUCUGUGUUUCUAGAAAGCUUUACUUUUCCACGCCCCUUCGCUUGAUGUUUUAAGAUCCAGUUGUUGAGCUUGAUCCCUCAAAACACCAGCAAUGUUAGAUAGAAUUUGUUAUAUAUCAUUUUCAGGCUUCUGUUUUUGUUUACACUAUGCUAUCUAACCUAGACCAAUUAUAACAAAAUGCCAUCCAUAUGUAUCUUGUUUACUCUCCCUUUUCCCUGCACUUCCACUGCCCCCACUUUCACCCACUACCCCCACUUUUGCCCCGACUUCUCCACCAACCCCUACUUCCUCCCAGAUUUCUGAGUGCCAAAAAAAAAAAAAAACCAUUCCAAACUUUUUUGAGUUUUCCUGUAUGUCGGACAUUCAUCGGACGCACUCAUGAAGCCAGCAUGUUCCUUCAUAACAUGAUGUCAGUCAUGAUGCCUCAACAUUAUACAAAAGAAAGAUCAAAAGCAGACCUGGAUUAACACGUUAAAGGCUGGCUACCUCUCAUAAACUUCUUUUCCUAAUUCUGUUCCAUCUCCUCAGCCUCCAGGACAUCCUUGAUAGUGUGCCAUUGUGCUCAGGGCACUUGUCACUCUCCUCACCCUGAGUCUCCAUUUUAUUUCAAGGGGAAAACAAAAAACAAUUUUUCUUUAUUAUUAAAAGGUGUGAGGAGUAGAAAACGCCAGAUGCGCAGCCAUCUUCUGUCUUCUGAACUUUGAACUUUCACCCUCAUGAACUUUAUUGACCUUCUUCCUCCCUUCUAUGUUCAUCAAACUGUUUGGAUUUUAAAUCCCCAUUCCAUCACCUCUUUGAGACUGUGCAAUUUUAGUUUGAUUUGAUUGGAUUUUUUUUGUUUCUUGUCAUUUGGACUAUUCUCAGAGAUAAGAAAAUAAAAAAAAGAAAACAAAAAUACAGAAAACAAAAAACCCAAACAAAUGUUUUCCACACCUUCAUUUUUUUCCUCAUUGUAAAUAUUUUUUGUCCUGAUUUUGUUCAGCUGUAAAGAGAAGCGUGUUCAACAGAAUGUGGCCGGCAGCAUAAAAUCAGCUUUGUGGAAUUUUGACAUGCAAAGGGAUUCGUCUCCAUUCCUCACUCAAUUCUUAUUGAAUCUUCUCCUGGUAGUUAAUUAGCAAUUGUUACGUGGUGUAUAUCUGUAAAACAUGUUUCACAUAAAUGAAUGCAGGUUUCCUGAGAACUGAGAAAGGGACAAUAUGACUAAAGCAGUCACUGUUUACAAAUGCUACUGCUAUCUUUUUGAAUAGAGCUACAGUGAGAUACAAGGUGUAUUAGGCAUUACAUCAUCUCGAUAGGUGGAAUGUUUGGAAAUGAGUGGUUUUAAAUGACACAUUUAUGUUUACAUGGUUGUAUGCUUUCAAUUUAUAGAUAGCUUGUAGAACAAACCAUAUUAUUACACUGUGUAGUUGGUUUGUGGCAUUCAGUGACAGUAAUCAGAUAUUUCCCAAUUAAAUGAUUAUAGCUCCUACCUUUUGUGCAAUAUAGAAAUGAGAGUUCAUACAUUCUUUAUACACUUUACUGUUUGAUAACUAAAUGAACUUUUGUAAGGCUGAAAGCGUUAAAAGUGCCAAAAAUGACGUAUUGCUCUCUCCUGGAGGUAGUCAGUUUUGCAUUUAUGACCCUAUAGCAGGUAAAAAUAACUUGGGUAAUUAUAAUUUAGCCUCCACAAACAAAUGGUCGUUUAUGCUGCCGGCCGUAUUUCUUUAACACUUCAUGAGCUAUUUAUUUUAAUCUAACUAUUAAUAAGUGACGACAACAGCAACAACAAGUACUACUACUACAAAAAAGGGAAUGACUGGAAAGGUGAAUCAUUGUUUUGUUUUUAGUAAAUUAGUGGUUUCUUUUAACACCAUUCAUUAACUGACUAAAUGAGUAAUGGAUAUUUAAUGUAAUUGUACCAUUGUGUUUGUAAAAAAAAAAAAAAAUAGUGAGUUGUGUGUUCUUGACUUGUGGAUUAUCAGUGAAGUCGGCAUUUUAGUGGUAAUAUACAUUAAAUCGUUUUUUAAGGAUUAUUAUUUUCCGACAAUAAGAGUCAUUAUAAAUGUUCAUUUUAGCAUCACCUGUCUUCUGUUGUCUUAUUCUCCACCCUCCUACGACACUCAGUCCCAUCUAAGUAACACAUUGCAAGUCCGUGCCUGAAACCAUGUGCUCAGUCUGGGGACGGGGGCCAUAUCGAGUGAAUGAGUGCGUGUAUGAAAAUGCUGCAAGGGGCCCAAGUGGAUAGGUUUUAUGUCCAAGCUAAAAGCUGUUGGGUUCCAUUGAUAAAUGGAACCUGCUGAUAUUAGCUAAAAGUCAUUGUCUGAUUUUAGUCUUAUCUAUUGUCCAUAACCACACUAUCACCAAAUCCCUCCCUUCUUCCUUGAGACAUCCCCAGUCACAACCGCUACACCAUGUAACAUUCUCCAUCGUUAACACAUUUGACUACACCAACAUUCCUGUAUAUUCAUGCCUCAAGGAGCUGAUCGCAUGCCAACCUGCCUGCUUCCCUCAUGAAACGCAACCAUUCUCUUCUACUCCUGUGGCCAGGCUCAAACAAUACGAAUGAGAGUUAAAAGGCAGAAAAGGAUUCUCAGGGUGUCUAAUCAAUCUACCUUAUCCUGUGCUAAGCAGCCUCUUACUACGCUUGUCCGAAUAUGUCUUUAGGAUCCCAAAGACAAACUACAUGUACAUGUAUGGUACUGCUUACAGUUUAUUGAAAGAACUAUAUAAACCUAGCUAAAGAAACAAGUUGCAAAAUAUGAGACCAAUGCUGUUCAAUGAAUGUUUAGGGGUAAAUUAUUUAAUUAUUUGCCUACAUUUAUGAUUUUACAUUAUAUGGAAUUUAUAAAUGAAGCAUUUGUAACACUGCAUGAUGUUACUUUCUUUGCAAAAAAAAAAAAAAAAAACAAAAUAUUUUUGAAUGUUAAUGGUUACUUAAUAGUUGAUAAUAAAUAUAUUGGUGUCGGUGUUUACAUUACCUCCAGUGAGAAAAUGAAAACAAAUUCUGAGAUGGCCAAAAGUGUUCACAGAAUUAUUCAUAUUCAUUGAAUUUAAAAAAAGGAAUAUAAAAUUAGUGAAAUCUGUUCAUCUUCAUUAGGACAAUAAAUAUUGUUUUAAUAUUCAUCUAAAUUAGGAUAAUAGAAAUCACUGUAGAGUGUGAAAUAUUGAAUGUAAUGGAUAUGAAAGGUAAGUUAAGGAAAACAUCGCUAUAUUAACUUAACAGUUUGCCUUUAUAAUGGAUCAAAACUAUAAAUUAAUAUAACCCAGACAUGCCAGACUGUUCAUUAAUAUAGAAAUAAAGCAUUGCAGGAAAUAGGAUCGAGUAAUGUGUGGCAUUUUAACUGCUUGUGCUUCAGAUCCUACUAAUCCACAGAAUCAUCCCCGUCGAAAGCAGAUUUAAAAAUGGGAAAUGUAGGUCGAUGGGUUGAAUGUCUCUGUGCCCUGACUGAGAGCUCAAUCCAAACAAAUAAAUCCACAUCAGUUGUCUAUAAGUAACCCUUAGCAAUAAUUAUAAUUUAUCAUACACUUAAAUGUGUCUAAAACUCAUUUUAAUACUAUUUUUUUAACCAACUGAUUCAUAUAUUGGCUGAGUGGCAUGCAAAUGACUACAUGCAACACAUAUUUUAAAAAGUCCAUGUCACAAUAUCCAGGCGAGGAGUGUCUGUACAAGAUACACAAUAGGUCACUUUGUCCGGGGGUUCAGGGUGAGAGUGAGUUUGGCAGAUUUUAUCACAGAUAAAUUUAGUCAGACAUGUUUAUAGCAAUCACAUGCAUACAUUCAACACUAACCGUCACUCUCAGAGAAAAUUAUCGGACUAAUAUUUAUAAUUGAGUUUACAAAAAAAUGUCAACUUAGGUAUGCUUUUGAUUAGCAAGAUCUGCAGUUUUUUGUCACCAAAUGACAAUGUCAAUUUCUUGAAAUUUUAUGAAGGUUACUUUAAAGAAUUGCUUUAAAAUGGAAGAUCGGCUGUUUGGAAAGGUAAGUUUUUACUGCUGAAAGCGAUGAUUUUUGGAGCAGUACACAAAUAACUACACCAGCUGAUUUUUUUCAAAAAAAUUUUUUUCUACAUUUUACAUAUAUGAAUGCCCCUUUUACAUAUAUGAAUGCCCCUUGGUGAUCAGCGUAGAAUUUUAAGGGAAACCAUUGUGAUUUAUUUACCAAGGUUAUACAGUGCUCAUAUGGCUUCAUGGGCCUAUUUUGUUGAUGCUCAAAGUUCCAUAUUAAUGACAGUGCUGUGACAGGAGUGUGUCAAUAGGCAGUAGUAAAGCUUUUAAAAUGACUGACUAAAAAACUCAGUUCAGGAUUCAGCAUUUAUCUUAAAAUUAUUUCCAGCUAUGUGAUCCUGCCUUAUUUUAUUUUGAUAUUCUGAAGUGUAUCAAAAUUUUGCAGGACUGUUUACCUUGGUAUGCUGUGUAAUGUACUUUGGUCUGGAAACAAAUUUCACAUCAAAGGACAAGUAUUUAGGAAAUGUGGUUAAAUUCAGAAUGGAGCGCAGCCAAAUGGCAUAAUGUAGCGAAUUUCUUCCAAUACCUUUUACUUCACAAUCUAUGCAAAGAACCACUUAAACGUAUAUAUUAUGGCGAUAGUCCGAAUAGAUUAUUUGAAACUAUCCAGAUAUGUGAACCUCAAUAACUGUCCUGUGUUUUAAUUUUCAUCGGUACUAUGAUUGUAAUGUUUAGACUUGAAAAUCAAUAUUUGUUUUGCAUUCUCUUUGGAGAAUUGCUAGAUGAAAAAUAUUUUUGGCUACUUUAUCCUUAAAAAAAUAACAAAAUAAUUGUCUAAUUGGUUGAAAGAAAAGGCUACCAAUGGACUCGUAAUAGUAGUAAUAAAUUCAUUUAGUUGAAAAAGGGUACAUAGAUUAUAUACUAUAUUACUCAAGCUGCAGGAGAAAAAAAAACUGCAGGUUUACAAAAAUUGUAUUUAGCAAUAUGUGGCAAUUUAAUAAUGAUUUUUUAAAAAUUCAUUUAUAUGUAGCUGGAGAUAAGUGAAUUUUACAAUGACUAUCCAAACAACAUAGCAUGUAUUACUGAUAUUGUCAAAUGAAGGUACACAAUUUUGAUAGAAGGUACUGAACCAAAAGAUUUGCAUCAGAUGGGGCUGUGAAAAUAUUACGCAACGUAACUUCAGUGGGGGGUGGCAGUGAAGAUGGAAUGAACAAAAAAGUUGGAGGCAAAUAUAAAGAAGAUGGACUUUUCAGACUUUUAAUUGGGGCAUUGGGAAAACACAAGAAAGCCAGAUGUGUAUCACGUCCUGAAAAGGGGUAUAACUGGAUUCAGGGUUGGACAUCAGGACUGUUUCCUAGAUGGGAAAACAAUUCAGUCUUUUAUCGUCUUUGGGACUUGGAAACAGGGGAAUGCAACAAAUGUGCUCUUCAUCUCAAUUCAUCUUUACCGAAGGUGAGGUAAUGGAAUUCAGUCUUACAUAAUGACACAGUCAAGUGAAUGAAUGUACUCCCUCAGUCUACGCAACCUUACUUUCGUUGCUCAUUGUUCACUUGUCUCUUGUCUGAGAUUCUGCUUAGACACCAUAACUAUAUCUGGCUAGAUAAUGAAAAUCGGUAAUGCUGCGUAUGUCCACUGUCUGUUCUUGGAUGAAGGCACAGCGAAAACUUGAGUCACAGGUGAUGCGUGCAUCUUUAACCAUCUGCUUUUUCAUACCUAAUGGUAUCUCUGAAUGUAGAAAAACAUUAAGCAUUUUUGUCACCAUAAGAUAAUGUUCUACUUAUUUUGCAUACAACAAACCUAUUUCAUUUGCAAGCAGUUUAGGAGUCUGAUUUGAGGACAGCUAAAAAAAAAAGUGCUGCUAACAAUAGAAUUCACGAAUUUUCCUCAAAACCAACCUGCAAAUAAUAUUACAUAUUUUUCUUACACUGAAAUGAGAGCAUUAAUCAAGAACUACUUUGGUACUGAGAAAGGAGGCUGCAUAGUCCCCCCAAGCAUGCUUCGAAUAUCCAUUCCCACAGAGGGUAAAAUGGAGAGAUUUUAUUAAAAGGGGGGAGGAUUUUGUACAAACUUUUAAAUUUGCUUGUUAUUAAUUGAAUAUUUUAACAACAAAACAGACCAGCGUAUAGCAAUUUUAACAGAUUCGUUUUGUUCAUACAUUGCUAGAAAGAUAUUUCUUAACUAAAAAAUGACAGUUGCUGUGUUCAGUUUUUCCUUCAGAUACUGCUGCAUUUCAUUCAACGCCUACAAUGCAUUGCACGUUUCUGAUCAUCAAUGGAUGGAAUCUAAAAUUUUUCCAAUUCCAAACAGGAAGGGGUCCCUUUCACCUUAAUCCUGACUUAAUUCAUUUUCUUGUAAUUUUAUUUGUAGUGCUGGCAGAAAGCUGGCUUGUUCAAAUAGAAAACGUUUGCAGGCUGCAAAUUUCAGCUUCUGUUUGCACAUGUAAUCAUUAUAGUUCCUUAAAAAGGUCAUUUAAAGCAAAUUGCAUUAUCAUUAAUUGCUUUACAGCAUUUAAAUAUAUAUAUAUAUAAUUUUUAAUUUACUGUAAGUAAACAAUAUUGUUAUAGGUCAUAAAAUGGUCCUUAAAUGUCCUUUUAUUAAAGGAUUUUUCUUUACUGAAGUGCUACUUCAAUAACCAGUUUGUUUUUGAUUUACUACUUGUCUAUAUACCUGGUCUCUUGUCUACAUAUCUGUACUUUAUAAACAAUCUAAAAACUGAAAUAGUCCAUCUUGGACUAGGCUACGUAAUUAUUUUGAAAUACUCUGUUAAUAUCAACCAGUAGUUCUAGAACUAAAAAGAAACAAACAAACAAAAAGAUCCUGAACCAAUAGUCCUUUUUAUUAUUUAUUGUUUGAAAAGAUCCAUUUGCAUAAUUCCAAUUGUUGGAAAUGAAUAAAGAACGCAGUUAUAUAUAAUGAAACAAAUUCAGCUAAAUAGUGUUUAAAAGUACAUUAAAUGCAUUUAAAAGCAAUUUCACUGGAUAAAUGGAAUAAAAAUUGGAUGGACAUAAAUGGCAAAUGUAUAUGGGUCAAAACAGAAUGUUAUGUUGAGCAGGUCAAAUUAUUUAUCUAUUUAUUUGGUUGUUUUACUUUUAUUUUUAAGUUGUUUUUAAGCUGCACAAUUCAGCAAAAUUCUGAACAAUGAUUGUACGAGUUUUUAUGCAUUCGUGUUUGUCGCUGUUUUUGCAUUAGUGUAAUUUUUGCGUGAAUUACUAUUGUUUGUUUUAAAUACGUUUCAUUAACAGCAUUCUUAAGUUUCUUCAAAUAUAUCAGCAUAACAAACAUCAUCUAUAUUUCUUUCUUUGAAUACAGCAUAGGAAAAAUGAUUAAAGAUAAUAAUAAAAGUAUAGAUACAAUAUAAAAUAAAUAUAACUGAAAUUGCAAUGCAAAAGCUGUGAUUUUAAACACUGUAGGUGAUACAGUGAUUUCUUUAUCAAUUUUAUGGUACAUAAGAUGUGUUCUGCAAUCUUGCAGCUGGUUUUUUGUUGUUGAACCUAUGUUUUAAUAAACUCAUUUUUUACUGUCUAAAAUCAUAAA